AAGCCCACUACUUUCUACCAACAAUUCCUCAGCAUUUCACACAUAUAUAAUAUCUCCAGUCUCCAUUAUCCUCCACAACAAAAACAGAACUCAAAACAUGGCAAUACAAAGCCUCCUCGUCAUCCUGUUUCUCCCCCUUCUCUCAUCCGCUUAUGAAGCAUCCAAACAUCUCAAAGAAUUUACAGUCAUAGAAGGCAAGGUAUACUGCCAAAGCUGCGAGCACAUUGGUUCUUGGUCACUUGAAGGUGCCAAGUCCCUGGCUUCAGCUAAGGUUGGCAUUGCUUGCAAGGAUUACAAGAAGAGAAUUUGGUUCUAUAAAUCCUUUGAAGCUGAUAAGAAUGGAUAUUACUAUGCUCCAAUUCCAGAAAUGGAUGGAACAGAAGGUGUUAGGAAGAAGGAGAUUAGUGGUUGCAGUAUUCAUCUGCUGGAUUCACCUGACAGUGCUUGUAAUUUGCUUACCAACAUCAAUUUCGGGAUUGCUGGUGCUGGAGUUGGGGAGAGGAAGAAGGCGGUGAAGGAGAAGGGAUAUGAGGUGGUGGUUUAUGCCGCUCCACCGUUGGCUUUUAAGCCGGUAAACUGUGUUCCUCUUGGUCAUUAGUUAGGGUGGGAAGAUGGUUGCUGUGCUGAGUUUGUUGCUGCUGCUUGUUGUUUGUGGUUCUGUGUCAGCGUUUUGAUGCAUGGUUUCAGUUGAUUAUUGAUUUGUGGUUUUGAGGGAUUGAAGAUUGAUUUCCUUGAGAAAUUCCU